UGCACAUGAUGCUGAAGCCUGCUACGCAAAGCAGCAACAGAAGCAGUCACCAGUGCUCUGCUUUGGCAUUCAGUUACGGCGUGGUGGGUUUAAAGGGGGCCUGAGAGAGGGAGGGACUUUGCAAGAGCCGCAGGAGCCUGGGAAUCAUCCUGCAGGAAGAAAAGGACAAACUAAAGCUGAGAUACAGGAAAGAAACAUGAAGGCUUCUUCAGCCUGCUGAACUGUAUUUCUUGGAGAGCAGUGUAGUUUGGUGAGGAUUCUGAGACAGCCCCAUCCUCCUCCUCUUCAUCUCUAAUCUCUGCAUCCUUAUCUCCUCCUCUUUUGCUGCUGUUGCUGUCUGAAUGAGUGGAUGAAUGAAGCAGGAAGUGUCUGAUGCUGUGGGCUGAGGUCUUCCAUGGCUGCCAGUAGUGCCACUAACUCAAAUCAGAGCUCCCCUGCUUGCUCACCCAACCUACCAAAGCACAGCCUCUCAUCUACUACCCAACUGAGCCCCGGCGCUGACAGCACAAUGGUGGAAAAAGGUUCAUCAGACCAGGCACUGGACCGCUCCCCCACCACGCCCGAACAGCAACAAACCACUCAGCACCAACGCACCUACUCCCAGUCUGUCCAUCCCACCAACACCAGCACACGCACUGGUGGCAAGACCUCCAAGAAAAGUCAGAGCUGGUACAAUGUACUGAGUCCCACCUACAAGCAACGCAAUGAAGACUUCAGGAAGCUGUUCAAGCAGCUGCCUGACACUGAGCGCCUCAUUGUGGACUAUUCCUGUGCACUUCAGCGGGAUAUCCUCCUGCAGGGACGCCUCUAUCUGUCAGAGAACUGGAUUUGUUUCUACAGCAAUAUCUUCCGAUGGGAAACCCUGCUGAUGGUUCGAUUGAAGGACAUCUGCACCAUGACCAAGGAAAAGACAGCUCGUCUCAUCCCCAAUGCCAUCCAGCUGUGCACUGACAAUGAAAAGCACUUUUUCACCUCAUUUGGAGCGAGGGACCGAACAUACAUGAUGAUGUUCAGACUGUGGCAGAACGCUCUCCUAGAAAAGCCUUUAUGUCCAAAAGAGCUGUGGCACUUUGUCCAUCAGUGUUACGGUAAUGAGCUUGGUCUAACCAGUGAUGAUGAGGACUAUGUCCCCCCUGAUGUGGACUUAAACACAAUGGGCUGCUGUCCGUCUCCAUGGUGCAGGUAUUGUGAAGAGCUGACUUUAGAGGAAAACAAUGAGCACAACACCAACGGUAACACUCUCACCAAGAACAUUGAGACUAAGCCUGAUGUCAGUUCCGUCCUGCCCCGCAAAGCCUUCCGCAUUAAUGCUCCACCAGAGCUGCCCAGCACUGACUCUCCAGUCCCUCAGUGUGACCUGUCCCCUGUGGAGGAUGCAUCCAGCCCUCUACCUGAUGCAGACUUCCUGAUUCUCCCCACUUCUGAGGACUGCAGUGGCCAGCACAGCAGCCAAGCUCCUUCACCUUUACUGGACCUCAAUGACAAUGAGGACCUGCCAACUGAGCUUAGUGACUCAUCUGGGACUCAUGAUGAAGGUGAGGUGCAGGCUUUCCACCAGGACCUGAGUGGCAGGCAAUACAUCAACAGGCUGUAUAAGUUUGGUGUGGACAAGAUGUAUGACUUACUUUUCACUGAGUCUGAGUUCAUGAAGGAUUUUCGGGCACAGAGGAGGUUUUCAGAUGUGGUGUAUCACCCAUGGAGAAAAGAGCAGGAUGGUAACCAGAUCAGAGAGAUUAUGUACGCCAUUGCCCUGAACAAUCCUCUGGCUCCCAAGACAGCCACAGUCACUGAGACACAGACUCUGUACAAGGCAAGUCAAGAGAAUGAGUGCUACAUUAUCGAUGCUGAGGUGAUCGCCCAUGAUGUGCCCUACCAUGACUACUUCUAUACUCUCAACCGCUACAUGCUCACCAGAGUGGCCAAGAACAAGUGUCGUCUUAGGGUGUCGACAGAGCUUCAUUACAGGAAACAGCCGUGGGGGCUCGUGAAGGGGUUCAUUGAAAGGAACUUCUGGAGUGGCAUCGAUGACUACUUCAGAGGCUUGGAGCUAGAGCUGAAUAGGUUGGAUGUGGUGCCAAUGGAGCCCCAUAGACAGUCACCCAAGACCAAGGUUCUAGGAGCAGGCAGCAGUCAGAGGAGGAAACUGACACUGGUCCAUCACCUGAGGCCGCCAGGAGACAUGGAUGAGGCCUUAAGCCCUGUCACCACACCUGAGGAUGAGGGGGACAUCCCUCACAUCAAGCAUGUCGCAGGUUCCACGCAGACCAGACACACACCUGAUACUUCAGGAGGCCUUGCACUUUUCUCUAAACUACUGCUUCUCAUCAGCCUUGUCCUGGUACUGCUGGUAUUUCUCAAUGUGAUGUUGUUUCACAAGCUGUGGAUGCUGGAGUACACCACACAGAGUCUCACUGCAGCCCAGGGAUUCAGAGCACAAGAGAGCAGAACUCCUCAGACCCAGCUGGAAUGGGUACAACUCCUGGACUCCCAGCAGCGUUACCAUGACAAUGAGCUCCAGAAGUGGAGAGAGAUAAUCAAAUCAUCAGUGCUGCUGCUGGAUGAGCUGAGAGAGUCCCUUCUGAACCUCCAUAAAAGCAUCAGCAUCAGGGACUACAACUCUGAGUCAGAAAAAAAAAGAAAUCAUUAUCACUAAUCGAUAUUCUCAAGGACUGCAGACAUCACGUGCAAUAUUCAGCCUACCUUUUCUGAGCCUGUAGAGAGAACAUGGCCACACUUCACAACGCAUCCUGCGGUGAGAUAAGAUCAUGAGCAGGAUCUGUUGGAACCCUACCUCUCUCUUGUUCAUCCACCUGCCCAGCUUCAUAUUCCUCACAAUGCUGCAUCUCAAAGGUUUUCCUGUGAGUUUUGUCAGAUACAGACAAAGAUCAGAGUGAAACAGAACAUGCAGUGUGUUCUGGCUUCUGAUUAUAUGUACAGUGCAUUUAGAAAGACCCCAUCACUUUAUUCACUAUUUGUUAUGUUGCAGUUGUAUGCUAAAAUAAAAUUAGUAUUUUUUUCCCUUCAUCAGUCUACAUUGAGUGGAGACUGAUGGUAGAAAAAACUUUUUUUUUUUUAAUUUAGUGUACAGCUGCAACAUAAUAAAAUGUGAAAAUAGUGAAAGGAUGUGAAUACUUUUUGAAUGCACUGUAUGUGUAUAAUCAUCAAUAUUAAAAGAUGAAGUGAAUAACAAUGAUCAUCUCAUUUGAAUGGUAUCUAUCAGGGGGUGGGAUAUGCCAGGCAGCAGCUUCUUAAAGUAAGGAAAAAUGGACGAGCAUAAGAUAAGGAUCUGAGUAACUUUAAUGGCUAGACAACUGCGUCAGUGCUUCUCCAAAACACCAGGUUUUGUGCAGAGUUCUGAAAGUUUCCUGGACUCCCAGGGCUCACUGAUGCAUGUGGGGAGUGAAAGCUGGACCAAUCCCACAGAAGAGCUCCUGUACCACCUACCUAAACAUUGUUUCUGACCACGUACACCUCCUCACUGCAACAAUAUUCCCUGAUGGCAGUGGCCUCCGUCAGCAGGACAGUGCUCCCUGUCUGUAAAAACUGUUCAGGGAUGGUUUGAGGAACAUGACAGAGUUCCAGGUGUUGACUUGGCCUCCAAAUUCUCCAGAUCCCAGUCUCAAUGAGUGGGCUGGGAAAUCACGUCUGAUCCAUGGAUGCACCACUCCACAACUUUCAGGUCUUCAAGGAUCUGAUAUUAACAUCUUAGAACCUGAUACUACAGGAGACCUUCAGAGGUCUGUGGAGUCCAGGUCACUAAAACAGAGACCUUCACAAUAUUAGGGAGGUGGUUUUAAUGUUGUGUACUGUGUGCGUGUGUGUAUCUUUUUGUCUUUUUUAUGACACUCCAACAGCUGCUGCAUCCCUUUGUUAUUGUUCAGCAGGACUAUGAGGAAUCUAAAUUUAACUGUGUGUGUGUGUGUGUGUGUGUGUGUGUGUGUGUGUGUUAAAUGAUUUUUACUAUGUAUAUUACAGUCAGGGCUAUUUUCUACAGGGCGUGUUUGGCAGAUCAGGGCUGGAAUCCCUGAGAGCUUGUGCCAUACUUUUGUGACUCUAUGUUGUAAGUUUAUGUUGAACUCCAGCUGGAGCAUUGAUGUAUGAUGAUGUAUGUUGAUCAGGAGGAGUUGAUUCGCAAGUACAGAGAAUGAAUGCAAAGAAAACAGCCUGAAGGUUCCUGAUGUGUUGCCAGGGAAUAAAAAAAUGUUUUGCUCACCUCACAUUCAACCAUUAAAACAGCCUGAAGGUUCCUGAUGUGUUGCCAGGGAAUAAAAAAAAUGUUUUGCUCACCUCACAUUCAACCAUUAAUGUCAUUUCAGUUGUUUGAUAAUUACUCUGACACAUCUCCACUGAUUCAUUAUCACCGCCGAGGCUCACAGGCCAACAGCUUCAUCCUGUUCUGGAUAGUCAACCUUAUUUAAGACAUUUCUGUGCAUUGUAUGAAUUCAUGUGAGUGUCAUGUAAAAAUUCUACAUUUACUGACAGUCAACAGUUCAGCCAUUGAGCAAGCUACUUAUGAGAUACAGUGACACUGAAUGUGCACUACCUUUCUGAACUGGCCCAUCUUUACCAUCUUCUAAUGGCUGCUUCCAGCAGGAUAAUGCUCCAUGUCACAGACUGGUUUCAUGAACAUGACAGUAAGUUCAGUGAACUUCAGUGACCUCCCUAGUCACCAGAUCUGAAUCCAGUAAUUAUGGUAAUGGGUGGUGAUCAAAUCCAACACUGUCAGGGGUCUACCCAACAUUUGAGUUCCUGAAAACUUAAUGAAUUUGUUCUUUUUGUUUAGUGUGACACACUCACUCACAGAGAUGUAUCACCAAACUGUGCAGAGUUUUUUUAAACUUUAGCUCAUUGUUUUGGUUGCACUGUCACAAACUCCACUCACAGACCUGAAAGUCUGAAAACCAAAUCUGGCAAGUUAUGGGUGUAGGUUACUACACUGAGUAAAACCUAAAUGUAUUAUCUUACUGACAUUCCAACAUAGAUUCUUUCGCUGCUCUUUAUCAAGAUCUGUAUUUGUGUUUUGGAUAUCAGACAAUAGUAGUAUUGGAGCUCCAUUUUGAUGGCUUUCUUCACUUGAAGGUGAACUUACUCAUUCUAACAUUCAGUUUAAAAACUCAGUUUACCAUCUCAGAGACUUUAGGGUUUGUUAACCUGCCCUGUAUUGGUAUAUUGUAUAUAUUACACUUGCAUUCAUCAGACAGACACAAAGACAAUUCCAAAUGACAUUUUAUGUUGUGUCUGAUUCAUGUUUAAAUAGGUUACUGAGAACACGUUUGACAUGUCCUUCUCAAGGUGAUCAGCUUGUUCUACCCUAAAGUGGCCCACCCAUCAAAAAUAUCAAUGACUGUGGCCAAUAAAUAAGAGGUUGUGCAGAUAAGAUCAGUGCUCCACAUUCAGCAGCAAUUUACCAUGAUAAACACCACCUUAAGUUACACUGAGGGAGAGCCAGGUGUCAGGGUUCUCCUUUGAGCUAUGUCCUUUCUAACUUGACUCCAAUUUUAUUUCCUUCCUGAGAAAAAUGUGGCUCUGUGUUUAAAUCCCAAAAAUGUCUGCCUUUGAGGAAUGUUUAUCUAACAAAACACUACACUGUUCACAGAAUGUUGGUGUUAGCUUUUAUAUUUAAAUAAGCUACAUUUGUUGGGUGUUAGUGCUAUUUUCCAGAAAAUAUGUCCAUGUCCCAGUGAAAGGACUUGGUCUCUGCCAUCAUCUGCAGAAAUGUAAUCAUUCAGUCAUGAGAACGGUACAUUCAUAUAUCACACCCUUAACUGAACUGUUUGAGGUCAGUGUUGUAGCAUUAGUAUCAAAGUCUUGUGUGAAAAAUAAUAUAUAAAAUAUACCAGGAGACAUCACAUUAUUAUUAUUAUUAUUAUUAUUAUUAUUAUUAUUAUUAUUAUUAUUAGAUGGUGUAAGAGAGAAGAGGACACUUAAAGCCAUUACAGAAAUGUGAAAAGGAGUCACUGUUACCAACCUAAAGAUGUCCAUGCCUGAAGCACUGAGCUGACAGCACUAAUCAUUUUUAAAUUAGAUCUCCAUUAGUGUGCAGCAGUUUAACCAUCUUUGAGAAAUGUGUGGGGUCUUGAGUGUGCAGAGAUGAUAUGACAUUAUUAAGUACAAUGCAAAUUCAGUAUGAAUUUGCAGAAAAGCUUAGUGAAGUGUAGAAAAGUUUACUUGUACCUGGAUAUUUGUACAAAGUGAAUGCACAUUUCUUUGCUCUAACUCACAUAAUACCAGAUUAAUACCAGAGAUGUUUUUACCUCACUUCACAGUAACCAUGACAUUAACAAGAGAACUCCCUCUGUCCAAGAAGCAAUGAUGUAAUUUAUCAAAUCUUAUCUUAUAAAACCUAUGUAAAUAAUAUAUGCACUAUUGUUUUGCCGUCAUUACAUUGCAACCUUAAAGCUGUUGUCCAAAUCAGAGCGUUUACUGUGCUACAUUGCCCUCAGAGCCUACUCUACUCAAAAGACAUGCAGAUGUUGAGAUGAUGUUUAUCAGUGGAAUCUCCAACAGUGCAGCCAUGUGGCUCAUCUACUGUAUAUGAAAUGCAUGGCUAUUCUUUAAAUGCUAGCAGUAAGUACUACAGUAAGUAAUCUGUAAUUGAGGUUUCAUUUCAAUGCAUGAGUAUGAAACGCUGUAAAUGGCCCUAAAUAUUAAAUCCUGAAGUUCAGCUGAAUGCAGUUUAAAGUUUGAUCUCCAAAUGUCUGUCACAAUGUUGCUUAAAUAUUAUAGUAUGAAGUGACAAAUCUGUUUGCGGUGCAUUCCAUGAAAUAAAAGAAACUGCUGCUUAUCAAGAGGACAGGUUGA